GACCCAACGGCUCGUUGCCAUCCAUCGACACGGCCCUGCUCUUGCUCGUCGCUAUUCAUAGAGGGGCCUCCUCCACUCUCCAGAUCUUGGAGCACUAGUUGACAUGAUACUAUAGCCACACCUCUCGUCAUCUUUUACUUGAACUAACCUUUUUCCUUUCGGUUGUAGUCGCAUACACAACAAGCUGCUGUUAUCUUGAUCUGUUUUAUUCGAUCAAGAUCAGCGAGCACAGGCCUGCCGUCUUUCCUUUGAUACAUUUUAUCUCCACUUAUUUUUGCUGGCUGAAGUCUUCUUUGCUUGAUCGUUGUAGCUAGCUCUGCAGCUCAGACUUGCUCUCAAACUCUGUCGAUCUAGCUGUAUUAUCGAUAAGAUAUUCAGAUCAGCUGGCUCACGUCCCACAGAGAAACACUAUUUUUAGAUCUUGUACUUUCUGAUUCCGUAGCGCUUUUGAAUCCUUGAUCUCGAUGGCUUACAAUCCGUGCUACAACACCAACGGCUACGCCAGCCACCAGACGUCAGUUCCACGACCGCCGCCGCAGCCCCAGCCUCCGCUCCUGCCGCUGCCGGCGGCGCAGGCCCCGCCGCAAUGCUGGAGCCGUCCGGUGUCGCGCGCCAAGAAGCCGCGCUGCUACGACGCCGCGCCGGGGCCCAACAAGCUCGCCGCGCCUGCGACCUCGGCGCCCAUCACCGUCGCGGCGCCGUCCAAGAAGAGGACGGCGCCAGCGGCUACUGGACUGGAGGUGGAGUGGACGGGGACGGGCUCGCUUUACUCGGUGUCGCCACCGCCGAGUAGCGUGCCGAUGCCGACGUCCCUGCUGCUCACCGUCACGGCGGCGAGGAAGGCGCCGACGGCCUGCGCCGUCGAGGUGGCCGGCGCCGGCUGUGGUGGCGUGGAUGUCGGCGCCACGGACGAGCUCCGGCGGCUGCUCCGCCUCUAGCUCCGAUCCGACGCCGCGGCUACGGCAGUAAGAUGUGAUCCGUGUGUCCGUUCUCUAUUACUGCUGGCGCAUGCAAUUGCAAGGGCUAGCGUGCUGCGUUCAUUCACGGCCUCACGGGUGGUUUUAACAUGCCCGGAUGUAACGAAGCAUGAUGAGGUCGUCUCCAAGUUGUUGUAUUUUACUAAUCGAUUGUGUUCAUGUAUCGUGUACUUGUGUCACGUGCCAUGUAUGUUCAGUUGUUCACUAUGAGGUGCGUGGAGUUGAUUUCUUUAUCCAUCCCAUGUUCUGCUUCACGAAAUUUACUCCUCGUUGAGCUGAACCGCAGAGUGGCAGAUCACCAGAAAGAUCUUUUUUUCUUUCAAAGAAACGCAAGCUUGCAACAAGCAACAUGGAAUACCUGAGUACCUGACACGAUUACAAGAACUGCAAGACUGGAGCAAGCAAGAGGUGCGAUGACAUGGAUUUCAGUCCAUAUCAGACAAUGAAAUUUAAGUGGGGAAGAAUUGAGUUGCAGGUUUGCAACCUCUCUUGAGGGCCGCCUCUUUGUUCUGGGCUUUUGGGUUGUGAUUGUGAAACAAUUGUAACCAUAAACAGUCAGCUUGCACGAUCAGAUUGUAACAAUCUAGCCUCCAGAUUAUAACAAUCUAGCCUCCAGAUUAUAACAAUCGAACAAUCUAGUCGCUUUCAACUUGCACAGA